AUGCCAACUUUUAUUACUAAAAACAGGCAGGAAGUGUUAGAUGUCACUCUUGCUACUGCUAGGCUUCACGAAUCGGUCAAGAACUGGAAAGUGUCCACUCAACACUCGUUCUCAGACCAUAUGAUUCUAGAAUUCACCUUAACCUUAGAUGAAUCGAACAUCUGCAAUCAAAAAACUUUCAGAAAUGUUAAAAACACAAACUGGACGAAUUAUAAUGCAGCUCUAAGUGAGCUGCUUUUAACCACUUCCUCCGAUCCCCCUGGGAACACUUUUGAUCUAGACAAUCAAGUCCAAGAUCUCACCUCAGUGCUCAACGAAGCUUUCAGUUAUGCUUGUCCCCUCACACAACCUAGUAGGAAAUGUAACCCACCUUGGUGGAAUAAGCAUCUAGGUCUUUUACGAAAGGAGUUUCCACCUCAACCAGGUUGCAGCUACGAUAUUUCCAAAUGGAAAGUCCCGAACAGCAUUCAGUUAGCAGAUCCAACAUUUUUCCAACAAGGGAAAAUUGAUAUUUUACUCGGUGCGGAGUUCUAUUUUAGUCUGUUAAAGAAAGGUAAAUUAACGCUUGCUCCUGGGCUUCCAGUCUUGCAAAAUUCUACACUUGGCUGGAUUGUCAGUGGCAAGGUUGCAUCAAAUACAGACACAUCAAACGUUUUAUGUGCAGUUUUUGGCGGUGGGGCGGAGGUUGUUGAUAAUAAUUCAUCAUUAGAAAAUGCAAUUGAACGAUUAUGGCGAAUGGAUGACGUGAAUACAACAGAGAGGACAUUAUCCAAAGAAGAAAAAUUAUGCGAAUCUCAUUUUGUUCAGAACGUUCAUACAAAUAAAGAAGGACGUUUUGUGGUAAGGUUGCCGUUUCUGGAAAACUCAUUGACGUUAGGAGAAUCUCAAGAAACAGCUUGGAGAAGGUUCAUCAGUCUUGAACGACGACUACGAAAAAAUGAUGUUUUGCGGAAACAAUAUGUGCAGUUUAUGGAAGAGUAUGAUCGAGUGGGUCACAUGACUGAAGUAAACUUGAAUCCCAUGUUGACUCCAAGAUAUUUCAUUCCUCAUCAUUGCAUACUAAAACCAGAUAGUACAACUACUAAACUUCGAGUGGUGUUUGACGCAUCAGCCGAAACUGGACACUCGUUGAAUGAUUUAAUGUAUAACGGACCGACAGUUCAAAGUGAACUCUUUUCAAUUCUGCUCCGUUUUAGGCGACCACGGUUUGUUUUUACCACAGAUAUCGAGAAAAUGUAUCUUCAAGUUUUGAUAAAUCCUGAAGAUCGACGCUAUCAACUUAUCAUUUGGAGAAGCAGUCUAAAUUCAACGAAUCAUUAUUAUCAGCUAAACACAAUAACAUAUGGGACUCGAGCAGCUUCUUACCUAGCAACAAGAUGUCUGCAAAAGAUAGCAUUAGAAAACAAGGUGAAUUAUCCAUUGGGAGCUCAAAUCCUGUGUGACAAUUUCUACGUUGACGAUGGGCUCGGUGGAUCAGAUAGUUUAAUUACGGCUAUUGAAGCUCAAAGGCAAUUAAUCCAUAUUUUAAAGAAGCAUCAGUUUUAUCUACGGAAAUGGAGUGCAAACCAUCCUCAACUUUUGAAAAACAUUUCUCAAGAUCAUCAAGUGGUAAAUCUAGAUUUUACUAAUGAUAAUAACGAGUCAAUCAAAACGCUGGGACUAUUUUGGUUGCCCAAAGCGGAUUUAUUUGGAAUUAAGGUCAAAAUGGAAGGUAUAAUCACGAAGAGAGUCGUUAGUUCUGAUUUAGGUAGACUGUUCGACCCACUUGGGUUAUUAGCUCCAGUAAUAGUGAAGGCAAAGAUUUUCAUACAACACUUAUGGCAGUUGAAAUUAUCUUGGGAUGAACCACUUCCUACAGAUCUUUGUACAACAUGGUCAACAUUUAGAGAAAACUUAAGUACUCUUGAAAAUCUUCAGGUGGCAAGACAUAUCUUCAGAGGCGAGGUUCCAUCAUCAACACAGCUACAUAUUUUUGCUGACGCAUCUGAAAAGGCAUUUGGUGCUGCAGCAUAUGUCAGAGCAAUUUUAAAAGAUGGUAGAAUAAUAGUGCGACUAUUAUGUGCAAAGUCAAGAGUAGCACCACUCAAAAAACAAACGCUGCCGCGACUAGAGCUAUGUGCAGCAGUCUUAGCAGCGGAACUCUCAGCAAGAGUGAAAAGCGAUCUUCAAGAGAAGGACCAGCCGGUAUUUUUGUGGACAGAUUCAGAAAUUGUGUUGUCUUGGGUCAAUUCACAGUCUUCAUCAUUUCAAACAUUUGUAGCUAACAGGGUAGCAAGAAUUCAAACAUUAACUCUGUCUGAGCAGUGGCGACAUGUUAGGUCAAAGGACAACCCAGCUGAUGUGUUAUCAAGAGGACUUUUAGCAAAGGCGUUGUCAACAUGUGCACUUUGGUUUCAAGGACCGUUCUUUUUGCAUGGAAGGCAGGAAACGUUACAAAAGAUAGUAGCAUAUGUUCUUAGAUUCACUAACAACGCAAGAAAAUCAAAGGAGUCACGUGCCACACAUAUAGUACUUAGUGCCAACGAAUUGGAUGCAGCAUUAAUAACUAUAAUAUGUCACAUUCAGGGUAAUGAUUUUCAUGAAGAAAUCAAACAACUGAAGAAACAAGGCCAUGUUGAUAAAUCUAGUUCAAUCAGUAGUUUAUCUCCAUUCAUUGAUAAUGCAAAUGUUCUUAGAGUAGGAGGACGCUUAGAAGCCUCAUCAUUACCAUACGAUUCUAAACACCCAAUGCUGAUCCCAUACAAUGAUCCAUUGGCAAAAUUAUUAUUCGUGAUGUUCCAUGAAGAAAACAAGCACUGUGGCCCGCAGGCACUAUUGAGUAUAGUCCGACAACGUUUUUGGCCGAUUAAAGGUAAAUCAACAGCCCGAGCAACGGUUCAGCGAUGCAUUCGAUGUAACAAAGCACGUCUGCAACUAUGCCAACAAAUUAUGGGCAAUUUACCAGAAUCAAGAAUAACUCCUGCAAGACCCUUCAUUAAUGCUGGUGUAGAUUAUUGCGGACCAUUUUGGAUCCACUACAAGGUGAGGGGCAAAAAGCCAACAAAGGCAUAUAUUGCUGUCUUUUGUUGCUUUUCUACAAAGGCGGUACAUCUCGAGUUAGUGACCGACUUAUCAACAAAUGCUUUCAUUGGAGCAUUAAAACGAUUUAUAAGUCGACGAGGGCGUUGUUUGAAUAUUUACAGUGAUAACGCAACAAACUUCGUAGGCGCCAAAAACCAGUUAGCAGAAUUAGAAGAAAGCAUUUAUUCUAAUGAAGGACAAGAAGCAAUAAUCUCUGCCUGCAGUACCACAGGAAUAAACUUUCAUUUUAUUCCACCAAGGGCUCCACACUUUGGCGGUUUAUGGGAAGCAUCCGUAAAGUCCGCAAAAUAUUUGUUACUACGCAGCGUUUCAACAGCAUCAUUGACGUAUGAAGAACUCGAAACAGUAGUGAUGGAAAUUGAAGCGAUAUUAAAUGCACGACCAUUGAUUCCAAUGUCCAAUGAUCCAACUGAUUUGACAGCAUUAACUCCAGGACACUUAUUAAUUGGAGAAGCUCUUACAACUCAUGUAGACAGCCGAUUAAAACCAAAAAAACACACGUUAUUGUCACGUUGGAACCUAGUUUCCCAGUUAAAACAUAAUUUCUGGAAACGCUGGUCUAACGAAUAUUUGAUGGAACUGCAACAACGUAACAAAUGGAAAACACAAUCUGCCAACAUACAGUUAGGAGACAUGGUUAUAAUUAAAGAAGAUAACGUCCCAGUGAUGCAGUGGCCCUUGGGACGAAUUGUACAUGUGUACAAGGGUACAGAUGGACAUAUCCGAGUAGCUGAUGUUAAAACAUCGGCAGGCAUUUUUAAACGCCCAAUUCAUCGAUUAGCUAUACUGCCUGUAAAUACAGAUGAUCAACCAACAAUGGCUGAAGCUGAUCACGAAGUACCUCCUGACAAUUUAAUUAUGAAAGAUAGAAAAGAGUCGUAUGAAGAGCCCAAGAUAAAACGUAGAAAACUGCCGACCAAUUUGUACUGUUCUGUAUUACUUACACUAUUACUGAUAUUGCCAAUAGUAAUAGGAUCUCCAAUUGACAAUAAAAGGUUUGGCACAAAAUUGGGUAUUCACUUUGAAAAUCUGGGCACAACUGCUAUAUCAACCACUGAAUGGAAUCUACUAGUUUAUUAUGAUUUAAGUCUUUACUGGACGGAAGCAGCAGCUCUAAACACAGGAAUAAUGUCGCUACAUCAAGCUUGUCAACAAAUGAAACCAAACGCAUUAUGUGCGAAUACAGUUAAUCACUUUAAACAUAUUGAAUCCGAACUACAACUCAAUGAUAAAUUACUUCAUGAUCAUCGCUUCAAAAGAGGAGCAAUUGAUCUUGUAGGCAAUAUUGCACACUCGCUGUUUGGAGUAUUAGACUCAGAAUAUGUCAAAGGAAUGUCAAAUAUAAUUACAGAAGUGAAACAAAAUGAAAUAUAA